GCCGGCGGCCGAGCGGGGACGGCGGGGCGCAGCAGAGGGAAAAGCGGAGCGCGGAACCGGGGCAGCGAGCGGCAGCCCGCAACGGCGCCGCUGGAGCCUGGCGGGGACCCCGCUCUCCCGCACGCUCCGGUCGUUUCUCUCCUGCGGGCUUCGUAGCCCCCGGCCCCGUUUCGCUCCCAUCCCGGCGGCGGGGGCCGGGGCUGAGCCGCCCCCCCGAAGGCAGUGCCAUGUGAGCGGGACGUGCGCCGCCGCCUCAGCGGGCACGUCCGGGAUGUGAGGAGCCGCCCGGGAUGUGAGGAGCCGCCCGGCCGCCUGCACCCAGGGCGGCCGUCUCCCGGGCCGGAGAGUCACCGGUGCCCAGCGCUGUCCCGGGCCAGCAUGACCGAGGUGAAGGCCAAGGAGGCCAGAGCGCCUCCGCCUGCCAGAGACGGGCCAGUCCUGCUGCAGGGCCAGCCCGACCGAGACCCUUUCCGCAGGGAAGCGGAGACCAUCGAAGCCUCCCUGGACCGGCUGCUCUACCCCAAGAGCAGCGACGAGGAAGAGGAAGACGAGGAGGAGGAGGAAGAGCCGCGGCAGGAGCCGGGGGAGGAGGACGACCGGGAUUCUCUCUCGUACCGGCCGGGGAGCGGCUCCCUCUCGGACAAGGACUCCCUGGACAGAGUCCUGGACACCUUCCUGGCGCCCGUGGUUCAUGCCGGCUCCGCCGUGCCCGCGGCGCCCUGGUCCUUCUUCGGGACGGAGGCGCCCGACGCCGGGAUGAACCGCGGUCCCUUGCACAAGGCGAGCGAAGCCGUCCCGGCAGCGCUCGAACCCUCGUCCCCCGCGCCGCGGCCCGCCCCGCUCUGGCCGGCCGGCGACGCCGUGCCCGCCGCGGCUAAACCGACGGGGCCGGGGGGCAGCGCCGAGGGUCCCGCCGCGGCGCCCAAGGGCGAGGCCCCCGGGGCGGCGGGGCAGGAGUGCCUGCACGUGCCGCUGCUGCCGCUCAACUCCGCGUACCUGGCGUCGCGCACGCGGCAGCUGCUGGACGUGGCCGAGUUCGAGGGCGGCGGCGGCGCCGCGGGGCCGCGCUCCUCGCCCCCGGACCUGCCGGGCUUCGCCUUCCCGCCCGCGGAGCCCAAGGACGGGCACUUCGCCUACGGCGACUUCCAGCCCGCCCUGAAGAUCAAGGAGGAGGGUCUCGGCCUCCCCACCCCUUACCCGGGCGGCAGGGCCGCCGCCGCGCCGGGCUGCGCCGAGUACCCGCAGCCCCCGCGGGCCGGGCCGGAGCCCUCGCUGGAGUGCGUCCUCUACAAGACCGAGCCCACCCUUCUGGCCGGGGCCUACGGGCCGGCAGCGGCGGCGGCGCCGCCCGACAGCCUGCCGUCCACCUCGGCCGCGCCGCCGGGCCUCUACCCGCCCCUGGGUCUCAACGGGCACCAGCCCCUGGGCUUCCCGGCGGCGGUGCUGAAGGAGGGGCUGCCCCCGCUGUGCCAGCCCUACCUCGGAUAUGUGCGGCCAGAUACAGAAACCACCCAGAGUCCUCAGUACAGUUUUGAAUCGCUACCCCAGAAGAUUUGUCUCAUCUGUGGUGAUGAGGCUUCUGGUUGCCACUAUGGAGUACUUACCUGUGGAAGCUGUAAAGUCUUCUUUAAAAGGGCAAUGGAAGGACAGCACAACUAUUUAUGUGCUGGAAGGAAUGACUGCAUAGUCGAUAAAAUUCGUAGGAAGAACUGUCCAGCGUGUCGCUUGAGGAAGUGCUGUCAAGCCGGGAUGGUCCUGGGAGGUCGAAAAUUCAAAAAGUUUAACAAAAUUAAGGUUGUGAGAACAUUAGAUGUCGCACUCCAGCAGCCAGCAACCCUUCAAGAUGAAAGCCAGUCUCUAACCCAAAGGCUGUCCUUUUCUCCAAAUCAAGAAAUACAGUUUGUUCCCCCAAUGAUAAGUGUUCUACGAGGCAUUGAGCCUGAAGUUGUCUAUGCUGGUUAUGACAAUACAAAACCCGAAACACCAAGUUCCUUGCUGACCAGUCUAAACCAUCUUUGUGAGAGGCAACUUCUUUGUGUAGUGAAAUGGUCUAAAUUGCUACCAGGAUUUCGGAAUUUACAUAUCGAUGAUCAGAUAACCCUCAUCCAGUAUUCCUGGAUGAGUCUAAUGGUUUUUGCGAUGGGAUGGAGAUCAUACAAACAUGUCAGUGGUCAGAUGUUAUAUUUUGCACCAGAUCUGAUUCUAAAUGAACAGAGGAUGAAAGAAUCAUCGUUCUAUUCCCUGUGCCUGUCCAUGUGGCAACUCCCCCAGGAAUUUGUCAGACUUCAAGUCAGCCAAGAAGAGUUCCUGUGUAUGAAAGCACUGUUACUUCUCAACACAAUUCCUUUGGAAGGUCUAAGAAGUCAAAGCCAAUUUGAUGAGAUGAGAACGAGUUACAUUAGAGAACUGGUGAAGGCAAUAGGUUUGCGCCAGAAAGGUGUUGUGGCCAACUCACAGCGCUUCUAUCAACUUACAAAGCUGAUGGAUUCCAUGCAUGAUCUAGUGAAACAGCUCCAUCUCUUCUGUCUGAACACAUUUCUGCAGUCCCGUGCACUGAGUGUUGAAUUCCCCGAGAUGAUGUCAGAGGUGAUUGCUGCCCAGCUACCCAAGAUUCUGGCAGGGAUGGUGAAACCUCUCCUGUUUCACAAAAAGUGAAAUGUCUUUUCUCUUAUCAUAGAGAUGAUUUCUGGGUCAUUUUUUUGUUUGUCUAUUUUGGUCAAGACUUUGCAAUGCCAGGACUUCAGUAUGUUUGUCAUAUUUACCCUGCCUACUGCUUUAUACUUGUAACAUACACAAGUCAUUUAAGCUUGAUGUACAUAUUGUGAGUUCCUGAUUCUUUAACUGCAAAAAUCACAACAGUCAUAAGAAAUGUUUUGUAAACUUGGCUAGGUUGCUUUUUAGAUAUGCAUAAGAAUGACAAUGAAUAGAGUUUUCAGAUUUCUAAGAACAGUUAUCUUAUACAUUUUUCUUACAUGCUCUAAAAUUUCUGGUAUGACAUGGUGUAAACUUUAUACUUUAGUACAUUGUGUGCAUGGGUACAUGUGGGCAUGUGCAUAAUACAAUAUUUUGGAGAAAUUAAAAUAAAUAGUGCCCGCAUUUUUUCAUGGGUAUUUCACUUUUUAUUAUGUAACCUGCCUCACAGAAGUAACCUUUCGAAGUUGGCUGUCCAGAGUUCAGUAGGCGUCACUGCAAUGCCUUCAUGAGUGACUGAAGUGCUAGCCGCAAAAUGUACAUUCAUAUUCAUGCUCUUGUCUGUGCUCAUACGGCAUUGAAACUCUUGAGUUCACCAUCCUGUUUUCUGCACCAUUGGGUGCAGCUCUCCUUCAAAAAUGGGAAAGCUUAGGAAGACAUCAGUGUGUAUUGCACCAGAAGUGAUGUGUAUGCAAACCAACUCAGCUUUGGUUUUUGUUAUUUUCCUUAAAAGUUCAGCACUUAUUAAAGCUAAAAAUCACUUAGCUAUCUUAAAUUCAUCAUCUUUAAAAUUCUGUAUUUGAGAAGCUUUAAAUAGAGAUGUUUUCACUGACUACAACUCUUAAUAGCCUUAAUGUUUUGAAUUCCACUGCUGAAUACUCAAACGGUCAUUAACAUCAAAUUAUAGCAAGAUUAAAUGCAAAAAGAAAUGGAAAAUAUGACUACAAACAUUUUGAUACACAUCUGGCUCAUUUCAAUACUAUUUAGUGGAGCUACAUAUUUUAUAUUUUAAAGGCAUGCCAUUACAAUUGGGACAAAUGUAAAAGAGGAAUUGGGCUAAAUGAGCUUUAUACGUUCAAGAAGACUGAAACAUUAUGAUGUGGUGAUGUUUGUUCCUUUGAUGUGAAUAUGGAGCAACUCAUGCACUUAAGGCAGCAAAUCACUGAUAUAUUCAAACAGCGAAACAGAUAAAGCAACAAGAAGAAUGUAUUAAAAUACCACAGGUUUUGCCAGUGACUGAAAAAAGAUUCUCAAAUUCUCUAACAACAUAGGAAAGGUACUUUGGUACUUGCUGGCCAUGUGCUUUGGCUCUUCCCCAUUCCGUGUGGGAUGCACCCACCACCUGACAGCAUAAUGUUGGUGGUGCAAAUACAGACAUAUCCUUGUCACGUGAACAAUGACCCACUGGAUGUAAGUUUGGUAUCCCAGAUUAAAUCAGGGUGCCCCCCAUUAAAAGUAUAAAUGAUAUUACUCGUUCAUAAAAAUUAUGUCCCGAUUCUUGAAAAAAAUGUUGAUAACUAACAACUAAAGGUAGAUGUAAAGUUAUCUUAUUAUUUAUCGUUUCCUAAAGCUAAUCAAGAAGAAGCUACAUUAUGACUGGGGAUAAAAAUGUUUUUGAGAUUCCCACUUAAUUGUCCAAAACCCACUAGAGUUUGUGUGAAGACGCGGCCCUGGAUAAAAUGAUGUAAGCAGACUUUUCUGUUAGUUGACUAGAUUCGUCAUUUCUAACUGCCCAGAGACAAGCCAUUUCUUUCAUAUUCAAUACGGUCUGACUUUUAACUGUGAUCCCUAAAGCAAUUAUGUUUUAAUAAAUAACACAAAAUUCUUUAUUUCUA